UAGAUAGUUGAAGAAAAUAUUGAGGAACUCUGAAGGCAAAUGUCACUUUAAGAUGUAAAUUUCAAAGUCUCCUCAACUCAAACUGAGCUCUUGUAAGCUUUGAAAAAAGAUGGAUGACUCAACUUCUUUGGGAAAAGUUGCUGGUGAAUCUUGUUUAAUAAAUGAAGUACAAGGCGAUAGUGAAAACCAAAACGGUUGUGCUGUACGUAACGAACAAAAUAUUCAGGCCCUAAUGUCAUUGAGAGAAGAAUGUCAUAUGUGGUCCAAGAGGAGUCUAGCAGAGCAUGAAAUACUCGAUAUGAUGACCAUUAAAUGUUUUUCCGUUUUUGACAGUCUAUGCAAAUUACGUUGGCUCGUAGUUCAAUGCUGUUAUUUGACCUACAUGAGACAGUAGCAUGCGAUAUCCAGCUUAGGCCUUUGUCGCCGAAUGAAGCGAAGAAGAUGCUUCAUGUCAAUUCAUUGUUGCACCAAAAGAAGACUAGACGCUGGCUAUAAGAAAACACUUCAAGACCUAACUAAAAGAUGGAUUUUACAGUUAAUCAUAUUAACUGGCUAAAAGUUGGCGAGAUGAUUCGAUUGCUGCAAGCACAGGUCGCUCCUUAUGUGGAUGAAAUUGUCACAUCAUUUCACCAACAUCUUUGUCAAUAUUUUGAGAAUACUUCGACCUGCAAGAGCAAAUUUUGCACAAACAGAAGUAAUGAAAAGCUGUGCUUAAGUUGUCAAACUUGGUGGAAAAAUAAACUGAAGAAAUUUCACAAAAAGAAAGAUUGCCCAAACUGGCUGUCAAAAAACUGCCAUCUUGAAAUGUUUUUUGUAAGUCGAUGGGAAAUUGCAAAAUUUUUUAUGACGAAUCUUGGAUCUAAUGCUGUGAAUGUGACUGAUGCCCAGUCCACUGAUCUCUCCUCCUUGCUCAACUUCAUCGAAUGGACGAACGAUGACGUCUACUCAAUAGCAGGCAAACAACGAGUUAUGAUCGAUUCCGUACUAAAUGUGCGCUCAAUUGUUCGAAAUUCGUGGGCACAUGCAUCUGUGCAGGAGUUGAUUGAAGAGGAAAAGGAUCGUUACUUUGUAAUUGGUCGUGAUUUUCUCAUCGAGUUGAAAAUAGUUUUUCCUCGCGACCAUAUUGGCAUGGCCAUAGAAAAAGUUGACCAUCUUCAAGAAAACGGAAUUCCCAACUUGAUGAUGUCAGAAAUAGAAAUAUUGCAUCAACAGCGCGACAUUUUACAAGAGAUUAAAGCAAGUUUGGAUCCACAUAGCAACGAACUGAAGCGAUGUGUCGACGCUAUGAAAUCCUGCCAAAAGAGACUUGAAGAAACUCCUGAUUUGGGAAAAGAAUUGAACACACAGUUUGAAGCUUUAUCUUAUAAAAUUGAAUCUUUACUUUCCGUUGUACGCGAUAACAGCAAGGAUUCGUCUACCGCGUUGAGCGAAAUAAAAAAUUGCGCGACUAAAGAUCAAGUGCAAAAACAUCGUCUCGUGAACUGUUUACCAGAAAGAAAUCCGAAUUUUAUACCGCGAGCUGGGGAAAUGGAGAAAGUUUUCUCUUUUUUAAAUGAUGAAUGUGUAGUUCUCUGCAUGCACGGAGGACCAGGGUUUGGUAAGAGUUCUUUGGCUGUGGAAGUGGCUUAUCGGUUGUCAAGUGUUAACGAUGCUUUUGUUGUGUUCUCAGAUACAAAGCACUUAACAAAUGUAAAUGCCGUCAUAUUUCAGCUUUGUUGCGACUUGGACCUCAAUCUUAACCAAGAAGACGAUUUAAAAAAACAAUUUUUGACUCAAGUGUUGCGAAACGAUGGAAGAAAAGUGUUCUUUAUUAUAGAUGAUGUCGACGGUAUCCUGGAAAAUGAACAAUCUAAAUGGAACGAUUUCAUCAAGGAGCUCCGAAAGAACACCAUAAAAAAUGGUUUUAUCACUACAUCCAGGAUGAAAUACGCAAUUCCUGACAUCGAAACAGGAGAAGUAGCGAUAAACCAGAUGGACAAAAAUUUAAGUUUGAAUCUACUCAAAAAGCUUUGUCCAGCACAUGACGUCGUGUUUUUAAGAAAACUGGCGUCUUGCUGCGGUUAUAAUCCAUUGGCAAUGUGCAUUGCAGCGUUGCGAGUUGAUGAUUUUCCAAAUCAUAAUGAACUCUUAAAGUACUUAACGGAAAACUCAAAUGAUACGUUACAAGACUCAAUGCGAAAUCUUAGUUUCAACAAGAGCAUUCAGUUGUCAUAUGACAGGCUCAAUGAAGAGGAGCAACGACUCUUUACAAGACUUAGUGUUUUUGAAGGUACUUUUAGUAUUGAUGCGGCAAAUUCAAUUUUCGAAAAAGAAAACUUAGAAACAAUAAACAUUCUAAAAAAAAUUCAUAUGAAAAAUUUGAUAUCAAAGUCAAGUGAACGGCAGUACUCACUUCACCCUCUCAUUCGACAUUUUUUGAAUAAAAAGGGAGAUCAAGGUGAGAGACUAAAAGCUUGUAAGUUGAUGGUCGAGUACAACGAGCGAUUACACCUCGAAAUCGUAAGAAACCUACAAAAAAAAACCCGUGCUUUAUCAGCUGAUACUGACGUUUGCCUUCAAAACUAGAAAUGAAAUCACUUGAGGCAUGUUGGUCGAAAGUUGCUAGUAUAAGCCCGGCGCACACGAGAGCCAUGUGCUUAGCAAAAUGUCAUUCGUGUCAAGUGGCGCGAGCAAGUUGCUCUCGUGUGCGCGUACUGUUUCCGACGACUUUUGCCUUUCCUGGCAGAACUGGCAAAUA